AGCAGAAGGGAAUUGUGAAACAACUGAUGAGCUUCUUUAGUAAUAGACCAGGAGCCUGAAAUGGCACUCGCUGCAUUGCUGUUCAGCCUUUUUGUUCUGCUCCAACAAGUUACUGGAUCCAUCUAUCUUUAUACCCAAUCGGAGGAUAUUCCCACUCUACUCUGUAACCUAUCCAUUGGUGCUGGGGAGGCUGGAAUCUUGUGCAGUACCAAUGACCUCAGUUCAGAAUUUUUGAACAUGACGUGUAACAGAAAAGUGGAUAAAAAUGGUGAUUGUGAAAAAGACAAACUUAAGAAAAGUGAGCAGCAAUGUAGACAAUGCAAAUUGACCAAAGAUGAAAUGGAAUCUAAUUCUCUGACAUUCAAAGUGAAGCCAAAUGACUCAACAGUUUUUACAUGCACAGUUCAGAAUUCCAUUGGAGGAGCAUCAUCGAUCUGUCCAUCCUGGAUCACACUCACAGGGCCUGGAUGUGAAGACCACCACUUGUUCUUGGUGGUAAAUCUGAGUGAAUCUGAUGAAACAUUUUCUACUGACAAAAACCCCUCAUCGCUGACUGUGUCAGAGAGAGACAAUGUGACUUUAACCUGCCAAUUUGAACUUGUUAAAUCCCAUCCCUUCACUCUACUUUGGAUCACAUCAGAAAACAAGUGUCUGUCCUCUAUUCAUACGGCAGAAUAUGCAGUAUAUUCUAACCUACGCUGCUGUGUGGAUGGCAAGUCAGCACAAAGAAUCUUUAACCACACUUCACCCAAUCUGACUGAUAAAAUACAGUUUCUCAACCUUACUAUUCGGUCACUGGAGGUGACGGACGGUGGCAGAUAUCUCUGUGUUUUACACGGUAUGGAGGCAGGGAAACCUAUCUGGAAAAUUGCAGCAAACAUCUCCCUCACUGUGACAGAGUCAAGCAUGGAAUCUACACACAGCCCCACCUCAGCAUCUGGAACAUCUGUAGUGACCAGCAGUGGAGCUCGCACAAUAGAAAGCAAUGGACUUCGCCCAAGGAAGAAAUAUCUAAUCAUUAUGAUCAUAGCCCUAGUCUGUGUGUUUGUACCAAUUUGCGUUGUUGGGGUUUACUUAAUGAUUAGAAAAAACAAAUGGCCAAAGGAACACUCAGCAACAGGAUUGAGCAAUGAUAGUGCUCAACUAACACAGGGAAAUGAAUGCGUCGCAUACUCGGUAGUUCCCAGAAGGGAAUGGGCAGAUGAAAAUGAGCAUGUUGCCUACUCAGUGACAGAAGUUCCAGCACCACCAAGCCAGCCAAGGCCUAACAAAGGGCAGGAGGAAAUCCACUCAAUCUCUGCCUCCACAGAGCAUGUGUACUGUUUGAUCAAAGAACCAGCAGUUAAAGGUGAUGGUGUCACGACUGAAAUUCAGGAAGUGAAAAGCGAAGACGCCAGGAGCCACAAGACCUCUGCACCCAUUGAACUCAAUAACCUGUCGCUGCUCAAAGAAGGAGAUCCUAUGGCUUUACCGACUGACCAAAUGUACUCUUUGAUUGGCAGCGCAGGGGCAGGGAGUCUCAGAGAAACAUUGCCACAAUCUGACCCAGAACAUGGCCUAUUUAAAAUGGAGGAAAAUCCUAUUUAUUCUAAAUAAAGGAGACCAGCACAUAGUUGAGUAACAGGAA